CGUCUUACUUGCCAGCAUGCACGGCAGCAGCGAUCAGCUGUUCGACUGAACUUCUGAAGACAACUAACUAAUGCUUCUUGCUACGGUUCAACUACUGGUUCAGUGAACACUGGUGACAUCGGUUCGGGAUCCAUCUGCGGCUGGCUACAGACUCAUCAAUCAGUACAGAGUCAGCAUACGGCCGUUAGUGAUCCCACAUACUUCAAAGAAGUAAUCAUUAGCACACUGUCUGUCUGCAGCUGAGCGAAAGACGGUUUUCAGGUGAACCAAUGACGGUGAAUGCCGUCGACUUCACUGCACCCGCGAUAUUUUGCCCACCAAAGACAGAAAGUAGGUGUUCUCCGCUAGCUGUGGAGCCUUGGGUUUCGCUGACCUACUCGACGAGUUGAACUUGAAGCGGCACCCAUUGACCAAGUCCGUUUUCGCUUUCCUUGGCUGAGUUUUCUUGUCUUUGUUGCGCCCUGCGGGCGGACAGCAGAGAUCUGCGCGCUCACGCAUCCCUCCAUAUUUGCUGAGAGAAUGUCGGAGCUGCACUUGAUGCGCCCGUCGGUCAAAUCAGCAGUAUGUAGCGUGUAGCUGACCGACAUUGGCAAUACCGGCGAGUUAGACCGACCGGCUUGCGCUCUGGAAAACGGGUCGGUGACUUCAGUACGGGAGCGGAUCGGGGCAGGCUGACCUCCGGAGCUCCUCGUGCUGGACCACGAAGUACAUGACCUGUCACAGCAACACGGUUGUCUGAGAGAGCCAGUUGUGUGGACACUGCGCGGUGGCUGCCCUCCUUGGAGAGCAAAAAUGGAAGCGCUGAGCGACGAAUCAAGCAUGACAGCUGCGGACGAAGCGCAGAACCUUGAGCAGUGCGUGGAUGUGGUUGUUGAGAUCGAGGGGGGAGAUUCAACAGCACGACCGUCGCCUGACUGUGCGUCCGAGUGGCCCGAACUGCCCGUGGAGGACAUAGAGCUAGACAAACCAGCCGUUACUAGCGCACAACCAGUGUGCGCUGGCGAGCAACUGUGCGGCAAGGCGUACUUGAACGUGUUCAACGAUGACUAUCUCCGCGAUACCGAGGUGCGCGUGCACGUGGAGUUGGAGGGAGACUCAUGGUGUUGUCCUCGCCUUGUUCAGUCCAAGCCCACACCUGGACAGCAGCAACAACAGCAGCAACACACUGUGAAUGUCGUAGCUACAGCACCAAGACGGCAAUUAUCUAGAGAAUCAUUGAACAAGGUCACGUCAGUCACAUUCGAGGAUGACGACUAUCCGAAAACAUUCCACUUCUUGAAACGAACGUCAGUGUGGCCGAAAAGGGAGCGUGGCUCAGUGUACUCCUCCACUGGCAUGUUUUCCAACCGAUUGUUGAAGAAUAACUUGGUGAAAGAAGGCCUUGGGUUGAUUGCGAGCCCUGUCGCAUCACCAUCACUUGAAGAGAAACAACACAUUGCUGACCCGCUGUUGUUAUCUGCAACAAAAGACACCCCAGUAAGUGUAGUGAGUGAGGGCAAACCGCAUGAGAUAGAGACUAGCACAGCGGAGCUACAGCCAUCAGACAGCAGCACAGCCGACCGCGUGACGUUUGGUGACGGAACUCUCCUUGGCAUUGGCCGGCACGUAUGGAGGUUCAAACUCGCUCUUCCAGCCACCCUGUGCAGCUCUGCUGAGGUGACCUGUGCCGAUGGUAUGGGCGGGGUGAGGUAUCGUCUGAGGACCGUCAUGACGAUAUGUCGUCAUGACGGUGCCAUCACAAGGAUGUCGCCGUGGACACCAGUUACCGUAGAGCAGAUUCUGAAUGUCCCGGCCUGUCAGUAUCAGGUACCCAGAGAACACAUGCUCUGCUCAGGAGAAGUGCAUCGUCAGCGACAGCUGCGCCUGCCCUGGAGCACCUUUCAGCUGAAAGCCGGCCUGGAGCGCAGUGCCUACCCGCGCGGCUCUGCGUUCGCCGUGUCAGUUCACCUGAGCCGGCCGUACGCCGGUCUCGUGCAGUGGUACGUGCAGGCAGAACUUCUGCAGCGGAUUCGACUGAACCUUGGUGGCAAGUCGGUACCUUGGGAGCAGAGGCAGAGUCAGCACAAUGCUAUGGCCACUGGAGGUCUGCUCCUGCAGUUCCAUAGUCUGUGUGUUGAGAAGGCUGAUUGCGGUACAGCUCGGGAGUUCCGCGGCAAACUGUCGCUCUGUGCACCCCAGAACAUGCUGGCAACGUUCAGGCUACCGCGCGUGGCUGUUGAAUACUUUGUUGAGGUGAAAGUACGCCAUAACUUUGGCAACAGCAAGAGAUCCAUAGUCAUGCCAGUCGUGAUCGGGACUAAUCAUGACAGACUGGAGGUGAAGAUGGCGACAGCCGAGACCGUCGAGGAGAGGAGCAUUGACGGAGUAGCAGAGCCUGAGACCCCGAUGUCAAACUCAGCGAGUACGGAGGACCUGGAUGUUGACACUGGUGGCUCCGAAGCUCCACAGACAAGCGAAGUAGCAGAGCCUGAGUCCCCGAUGUCAAACUCGGCGAGGACGGAGGACCUGGAUGUUUACACUGGUGGCUCCAAAGCUCCGCAGACAAGCGACGUCUAGUCCAUAGUGUUGCAGUGUGUUGAGGCUGGCAAGGACAGGGAGCUGUGUGGAGCAAUGACUCUAGAGCUGUGUGGAGCAAUGACUCUAGAGCUGUGUGGAACAAUGACUCUAGAGCUGUGUGGAGCAAUGACUCUAGAGCUGUGUGGAGCAAUGAAUCUAGAGCUGUGUGGAGCAAUGACUCUAGAGCUGUGUGGAGCAAUGACUCUGCUGUGUGGACCAAGGACUCUAGAGAAGUGGAGCACACUGAGUUCGCAGAACGGGUGUUGUGCAAUGCACACGCAUGGGCACCUCACGUCUAAAUCCUUUUGGAUGUCGAGAAUUACGCUCCUGUGCAGGCGCUAGGCAUUGGGCCAAAGGGCCCAGAGUAUGUAUCAGCUCAUUCAAAUCCACAUGAUAUUGGAUGAGGUGAUCCAACUCAAGAUCUGACAGAGACAUUCCCUCAUACACAUCGAGGCCGACUGCCAAGCUCAUCCAGAACAAGAUGAACAAUGUGCAACCUACGCUCGUAUUCAAUCAGAAUUCCCCUUGAUAGUGCAUAUUUGGCUUUGCAAUGAGCAUGGUUGGCCGAUGGGUCAAGCAACAUUGCCUUUCCUGCCAGCUAUUAAUGGACUGUUCCCAUUGAGAUCUGAAGCUACGUAACGUUAUUAGCAGCAUGUGUCAUUGAACACAGCUACUGAAUGCAGAUCGAUUUGUCACUGAGUUACCGAAUUUGUUAUAAAUCUAUGCGACGAUUAUUAAAUAAUCAUUGUCCGACUGAGAAGCUACGAGUUUACAGUUAGAGACCCGUGCCAAAUAGACCCAUGUGCUUGUUACUACAGAGAACCUAACUGUUA